AUCUCUCAUACCCCAAUAUCUACGCCUGAACAGCCUACACCCCUCGUUGACCUGCGUCAGUCUUGUCAGUCUGUACGCACUUGUCAACAUGUUUCUCCCUCGAACCGCACGGCCGAUAAGCUCCGCUGCUACCUCAUUCCUACAUUUCGCCGCUCAGACUUCCGCUCCACGACAAUGUCCUCGAUGCCUCCGCACAUUUUCCUCUUUUAGACCCUUCCGGCAAUCAUCGAAAAGACGACUGCAAACAGCAAGUGCCUACCACCCAUCCUCAUUACAACCAGAGUCGUUGCCACCCCGCAAUUUGGGAGUUCCGGAUACCUCCAUCGCUGGGCGCGCAUCCGAGGUUAGCCACGCCUGGACACCACAACCCACAGAGCAGCGAUCAAGUGCGGGGAUCGCAAAUGUAGAGCGGACAUCAAAUUUUAGCCUUCCAGAGGGUGAGGCGCAGAAGAGCCAGCCAGCGCAAACACUCAAGCCAGCCGGAGCGAAACCACGGCGGUAUAACUUUGCGGCGCGGAAAGCAACAAUAAAGAUCUCAAAGACGGCUGUGUCACAUCUCAAAGGGCUUUUGGAUCAGCCAGAGCCGAAACUUAUCCGGAUAGGGACGAAGGCGAAAGGCUGCUCCGGACUGGCGUACCACCUAGAAUACGUUGACAAGCCCUCGAAGCUUGAUGAACAGGUGGAGCAGGAUGGAGUGAAGGUCUUGAUUGAUAAUAAGGCUCUGAUCAAUAUCAUUGGGAGUGAGAUGGACUGGGUUGAGGACAAGCUCAGUGCUCGUUUUGUUUUCAAGAACCCGAAUAUCACUGAACAGUGCGGUUGCGGGGAAUCAUUCAGUGUCGGAUAGAUUAGCUGCCACGACCCAGUCUUUGUGCAAAUCUUAUGCACAUAUGGCAUUGCAUGGCACGGCGUUUACGCAUUAGCAUCGGGAUGAACCCUGUUCUAUCAUUAUUGGCCAACUGAGCCAUGUUCAAUUCAUUGUAUUAAUACUAAGCAGAAGCAGGCGGAGAUGAUUACUAUUAUUAGAUUACUAAAACUUUCCUGGUUCGAAAUCUACAACUCGGACAUUUUGAAUGAUUGGGCCAACGUCCUUCGUGAAUUGCAGGUGGCUUGGGU